GCAGACCCUGCUCUUCAAGAGGCCAACGCUCCUGCUUUUCCAACCUCAAGGUAAUUUGCUGGUGAUAGCGUUUGUGAGUUACUUUGGGGCCAAGCUACACAGGCCAAAGAUCAUUGCGAUUGGUUGUCUUCUAAUGUCUAUCGGGACAUUCCUAAUUGCGAUGCCACACUUCAUUAUUGGACGCUAUAAGUUCGAAACGUCAAUUAGAUCUUCAGUGAACUCAACCAAUAACCUCUCUCCAUGUCCAGCAAGCUCACCUGACCCUCUGCCUGCAGGUGAUAGGCCCUCUAUACUGCCCAGUGCAGGGUGUGUACGGGAGUCCAGCUUCUCCAUGUGGAUCUAUGUUUUCCUGGGAAACGUGUUGCGUGGAAUCGGUGAGACCCCAGUGCAGCCGCUGGGAAUCUCGUACAUAGAUGAUUACGCCCGCGAGGAAAACGCAGCCUUCUACAUAGGCUGCGUUCAGACAAUUUCCAUAAUUGGCCCGGUGUUUGGAUAUUUACUGGGAUCUCUGUGUGCCAAAAUAUAUGUGGACAUUGGAUUUGUAGACAUGGACAGUAUCACGAUUACCCCGGGUGACGCUCGUUGGGUGGGGGCCUGGUGGCUGGGGUACCUCAUCGCGGGGGUGAUCACCCUCCUCUCAGCUAUCCCUUUCUGGUUCCUGCCCAAGUCCCUGCCCAUGCCAGAGACCCAGCGAGAUUCCAAAUGCUCCCCCGAGCAGUCCUGCUUCAUCAAAGACUCUCCACACAGAGAGCAGAAGUAUAGGGCAGAAGAACCUGCUAACUUCCUGGAAAUGGCAAAAGAGUUUCUGCCAUCACUGAAAAACCUGUUUGGAAAUCCUGUGUACUUCAUCUAUCUCUGUGUGACCAUCAUCCAGUUCAACUCCCUGAUCGGCAUGGUCACGUACAAGCCCAAAUACAUUGAGCAACAUUAUGGCCAAUCAGCAUCGAGAGCAAACUUCCUAAUGGGUGUCAUCAACAUCCCCGCGGUGGCCCUGGGGAUAUUCUCCGGGGGCGUGAUCAUGAAGAAAUUUAAGCUGAGCAUCAUGGGAGCAGCCAAAUUCGCCUUCGGGACCUCCCUCCUGGGCUACUUCCUGUCCCUCUUCUUCUUCGCCAUGGGCUGCGAGAACUCCAAGUUUGCAGGGAUAACCAUGUCUUAUAAGGGAGUGGAUGGAAUAUCCUACCAUGAGAGGGCGCUGUUUGCAGACUGCAACUCUGGGUGCCUGUGCUCUGAGAAAGAGUGGGACCCCGUGUGUGGAGAGAAUGGGAUGACAUACAUCUCGCCUUGUCUGGCAGGUUGCCAGUCAUCCAGCGGAUCUGGGAAAAGCACUGUAUUCGAGCACUGCAGGUGCGUGGCAGCGGCGAUGGUGGCGUCCGGUGCGGGAUCCGGGAACCUCACGGCCACAGUGGGGCACUGUCAGGACCGGGAGGGGUGCGACCGGGUCUUCCCCUACUUCCUGGCCCUCUCCGUCAUCAGCUCCUUCAUCAUCUCGCUGGGUGGGACGCCGGGCUAUGUGUUCCUCAUCAGGUGUAUCAAACCAGAGUUUAAAUCCUUAGCAUUGGGAUUGCACACUUUGGCCACUCGAACCCUUGCGGGAAUCCCAGCCCCGAUAUACUUCGGCGCCAUCAUCGACACCACAUGCCUGAAGUGGGGACACAAGAGGUGUGGAGGGAGAGGGGCCUGCAGGAUCUACAACACCACAGCCUACAGGAUAGUGUACCUGGGCCUGACGCUGGGGUUACGGACUGUCUCUUUCUUCCUGUGCGUGCCGGGAUUCCUGCUGCUCCAGACGCACAUCCGCAAAGAGGAGAAGAGUGCCCUGGAGAAUGGGGGGUCGGAGGUCGAGUCUCUGAGGAAGGAGGAGCCUAUCUCCCUGCACUGUGACCAGUUUUUACGGUCCACAGGUUACAACCCCGACAGGGAGACGCGGUUGUGAUUUCCGGAACGUCCCCCCCCCCCCAUUUCCCGAAGCGUGCGAGACGUGCGAGGAAGCCCUUGGUCGCAACCAACCGUAGGACAUAAAUUAUGUAU